ACUGUACUAAGUUCUAAACUUUAUAAAAUCCACAAUAUAUUUAGAUAUCUAAAUAUUCAUUUAACAUCUUUAAACAUACUUAUAUAUAUUACUUCAGAAUGAUCUUUGAUUCAGUUUUUUUGAAUAGCUUAACGCCCAAGUUCUAUGUGGCACUAACUGGAACAUCUUCAUUGAUAUCUGGCAAAGUAUGGAGGAAUCCUUUCAAUUUAUUUCGAGGAUCAGAAUAUCAGCGAUUUUUUUGGGCGACUUCUAAAGAACCAUUGACUUAUUAUGACAUGAAUCUCAGUGCACAAGAUCAUCAAACAUUUUUCAACUGCGAGCUUGAUAACGGAAAGCCUGAUUAUGAGAUGAUGCAAACUGCUUGGAGAGAACGAAACCCCGUCGUUAGAAUUAAAACAGCCCAUAAAGCUAUUGAAAGUAAUCCCGAAAAUGCAUGCGCAUAUAUUUUACUUGCAGAAGAAGAAGCAACAACAAUAUUGGAAGUUGAAACGAUUCUCAUACAGGCGCUGCGUGUAGCUGAAAUCAAUUACAAGAAAUCUCAAGGUUUUCAAGGUCCGCUGUAUGAGUCAGCACAUCGCCGUGAUGCCAAUGUUGUCAUUUAUAUCAAAAGAAGACUUGCAAUGUGUGCAAGAAAAUUGGGAAAGUUAAAAGAGGCUGCGAAAAUAUUUCGUGAUCUUACAAAAGAAACUCCAUCGAGCAUCAUUAGCGUACUAAACAUCCAUGAAAACUUAUUAGAAACACUUUUAGAAAUGAAAUCUUAUGCAGAUUGCGCAGCAGUUCUAGCAAAAUAUGACGACAUUUCUCUUCCUAAGUCAGCAGCCAUCUGUUACACUUCGGCAUUAUUAAAAGCUCGAGCUGUAAGUGAAAAGUUCUCACCAGAAAUUGCAAGCAGAAGAGGAUUAACUUCAGCUGAGCUUUUAGCGGUUGAAGCGAUACAUCGUGCAGUUGAGUUCAAUCCACAUGUGCCGAAGUAUUUACUCGAAAUGAAAAAACUUAUAUUCCCAGCUGAACAUAUUUUGAAGCGUGGCGAUAGUGAAGCACUUGCUUACGCUUUCUUCCAUCUUCGUCAUUGGAAAAAUGUUAAUGGAGCUUUGAAUCUGCUUCUUAACACCUGGGAAGGAACAUUUAAAGUUAUUCCGUUUCCAACUCAGAAAGGUCAUUUAUUUUUCCCGUAUCCUGUCUGUACUGAAUGUGCAGAUCGUGAGUUACUUCCAACAUUUCAUGAGCUCUCUGUCUAUCCGAAGAAAGAACUUCCCUUUUUCAUAUUAUUCACUGCUGGUUUAUGUUCGUGUACAGCAUUAUUAGCUUUGUUAACUCAUCAGUAUCCUGAAUCGAUGAUGUAUUUUGCACAAAGUAUGAUGAACAUUGUUUCAAUACCAUUACGAUUUUUCAAAGAAAACGUUUUUCCAUAAUUUCACUACAUUGUAGAUAAAUUUAUAUAAAUAUUUAUUUACCUAAAUAUAUCUAUAUCAUUUAGAAUAACCCAACAAUAUAUGUUUGAAUACACUUAAUAAAACAAAAUUACUUAGAAA